AUGAGCUACAGCGCUGCAAGGACAAACAUGCUGCCGAGGCCUCCCAAGAAUGCAUGGCCAGCCCAUGUCCGCUUGGCGUGGCUGCUGGUGACAUUGCUCUGGUGCUUUGUGGAUGCUCAGAGCUUCAACCCCACGGGCCCCACCGGCAUGCGGGUGUGCCAGAGCGGAACCCCGGCAAAUACCGCCAAUGCCUAUACUAUCGGCCUUGGAGCGUCGCUAGUCAUCAACAAUACCAUCUUUGUCAAUUGCCCUCCAAUUAUAGUCCUUGGUACUCUUACCCUCAACAAUGUCAGCUUCGUCGGAUACGCUGCCACAAACUCCUCCAAUAGCACUCAGUUCCCAUCAAUGAGCACCACAAGUACUGCCACCAGCACUUAUCCAGGCGGACAGCUCUGGAUUCAAGGCGGAACUCUGACGAUGAACACUGUGCAGUUUCAGAACCUCAACUACCUGAACGCUGCUGUCAUCAAGAUCGAUGGCACCGCCAACGUGGGAGGCACCAAUGUUACUGCGGUGAACACAGUCCAAGUCGGCGCUUCGAUCGAUGCUCGUUUCUUUUCGUCGUUUAUGGUAAUCGCAGGGUCGUCUAGAGUCAACCUGAACGGGUUCAUAGCCACCGGCAUCUCGCGCACGAGCUCUGGGUCUGGCUCGGGCUCCAACGGCGCUCUGUUCACCAUCGACGGCAGCCAGCUCACGCUGCAGGGAGCCACUGUGACCCAGGUCAGCAUUGUUGGAAGUGCCGCCGCCCUCCAUAUCACCAACCAAGCAACGGUGGUGGUCUCAAACAGUGUCUUCAACAACAUCACUGCGAGCCAAUCCGGCCCCAUAGCCUAUAUGGACUCUGCAUCGAGCCUUGUCUUCAAUAACGUCGGCAUCAGCCUGUGUUCCGGCGGAUCUAUUGGAGGGAUCGUUAUCACCCAUUCCUCGACUUUUCAGUGGAACGGAGGCUACUGCAUCAAUAGCUAUGGCCCCUGGGCCUCAUGCGUCUAUAUGGACAACACAGACGGCACGACCAUAACAUGGACCAGCAUCACCGGACUCUACGUCGCCGGUGCAACCACAAACACAGGAAUCAUUUUCCUGAAUACAGGGGCCCGGAUGACAAUCGACCAGUCUGUCUUCCGAGACUCGAUCGCAAAUACUCAAGCGACGGCCAUAUAUUCGUACGAUCACGUCCAACUCAACAUCACCAAUACUCUCUUCCAGAAUCUCACAGCCGGCGGUUCGGGUGGUACCAUGCUCGUGAUGGAGUUUUCGCAAAUUUACUGCCGAAACAUCACUGUCAUAUCGUCCACCGCCAACAUGGGAGGAUUUGUUGACCUCAUCGACAGCCACCUAACGAUAGAGAAUUCAAAGUUUAGUCAGAUCCUGGGCAAGUUUGAUGGCGGUGUAUUUUACACCGAAGUCCAGGACGCUCCGGGACCACAGAACAUUGCCACUUUGCGCAACUGCACCUUCAUCAACACCUCAACAGGCGGAAACGGUGGUGUGGCCAAGAUCAACCUUGGCUCCGUCUUUACCUUUGACGGCUGUACCUUUGUCAACAAUACGGCCGCACUCGGAGGUGGUGCCAUAAGAUUAUACACCGUGCCUCCACAAGGAAGUCUUCCUGCCUCCUCGACCGUUAGCUUUGCCAACAACAACAUCUUCCAAAACACUAUCAGCCUCGGCCCAGGCGGCGCUAUCUACAGCACAGGCAUGUCGACGCUCCAGUUUCUCACCGGCAGCACCACCCAGGUGAACACGGCUAGCGCAGCGACCUAUGGCGGCUUCCUCGAAAUGGACGACAACCCGACCUUGGUUCUGAAUGGAUCGGUUACCUGCCGAGGCACAACAGCCUCCCUCGGAUCAGUUGCCUACUUCCAAUCCAGCCCGUCGAUCAGCUUCACCUCUCAGGGCAGCUUGCUCGGAAGUGGCGAUGUUUUCUUCUACAACACGACAUUUGCCUAUGGCGUUUCACAGGCCCUGACGAGUGGCUCCUUUGUCAACUCUGGAAAUGGAGGAAUCGCGUGGAAGAGCCCCGCAUCAACCUUGGUCAUUGACUUCAGCAACAGCCUGCUCAGACCGACGCUCGAGGUGACCCAACCAAUCCCGCCGUUCAACGUGAAGGCCGUGAACUCAUUUGGCAACCCACCUGACAUCAAUCUGCAGCAGCCCGUCAUUCUGGCCGUCACAGAGAUUUUACAGAACGUAACUUUGCAGGGCGAGACCAUGAAGACGAUUCUGAAUGCCACAAGCCACGAAGUCACCUUCAAGGAUAUCGUGAUCCCAGGGCUUCCUGGGCAAUAUCGCAUUCAAAUCUCAGCCCUCACUGGCGUGCAGGCUGUGGCUGGGUCAAAUGCCGUCCUCCCUACCUACGACAUUUACGUCAAAAACUGUGAUCCUGGACAGCUAUGGGACUCGGACUCGCUCAAGUGCCUCACCGUUAUGGUGAUCGAUUCGUCUGCCCGAAUCGCAUUCAAAGUCAUAGCGGCUCUGUUUUUUGCCGUGGCCCUGGCGGUUUUGGCGGGGCUCUACAAAUACAGGGGCAUCUACAUCAUCAAGACGACUGCCCCGACCUUUGCCAUUUUGAUGGUCUUUGGAGCCAUGCUGGCAUUCUGCUCUGUCUUUGUGACAGACUGUCUCACAAGUGUAUGGCUGGAAAACCUUGGGUUCAUGGUUCUAUUCCCCUCGCUGAUCCUCAAAACCUACAGAAUCUUUGUCAUAUUCACGACGAAGCGAGGCAAAUCUAGCGCGGCGUCGCUGACCGACGCCUAUCUAUCGCGAUUCUUGAUCGUUGGCCUCUUUGCCAUCAUCGGAUACCUUGUUGCCUGGACCCUCGUCAGCCCUCCGACCCCCCAGGUGACCAAGAUCUACAACUUCUUCACUUUGGAUCGAUGCACCGACUCGAUCUUCACCUCCGUCAGCCUGGGCAUCCACCUUGUUCUUGAGGCAGUCGCUGUGUUCUAUGCCUACAGCAUCAGAAAUGUUCAUUCUGACUUCAACGAGGCCAAGAUGAUUGGAUUCACGUGCUACAAUUGGGCCCUGCUUGGUGCGCUGCUGCUGCUUGUCAGCACCUUCAUUCCGGACCCUACGGUCGCGUUCUCGAUCAAGAGCGUCUCAGUCCUGCUGCCGAAUCUUGUGACGGUGCUGCUGCUGAUGGGCGCCAAGAUUUACACCUGUGUCAAAGAUCCAGAGGAGGCAAACAAAAAACCCAAGACCUAUGCAACAAGCAGCAGCGGAGACGACAGCCACGGCUCCUCUGUUUCAAACGCUACCGUAUCCCAGGCUCGACCCAAGUUGGAUCGUCAGCCGUCGGAGAAAACAAUGGAGGUCAAGGCCCGUGGCUCGCCAGCGCCUCUUCAGGUGGCCCUGAAGAAAACAAGCAAGGAGAACGAGAGCAAGUCGACACUCCCGACCGACACCCAAGUCAAUACCCCUGAAACUCCUCUGCCAAAGUACGAUAACAUCGAGCCUCAGUGAAUCGAGCCAAAGCAGCGCGGCAGUCGCUGUCUUGCCAUCAAUACACGGGAGGCUCAAUCCGACUCAGGAUGUACCAUGUGAUUCAUGGACUUCAUUUGGCAUACUUCAUCCAUCUCCAAUUUCUCAGUUAUUCGGAUAGAAAUGAUAUCGAUUGCAUUUUCACUCAAAAGCUGCUGCAGAAUAGUGCUCCUCCUUUCACACCUGCAGCUUUGUCCAGCCAGCAGUAGAGCC